GACGAAAUCAUCCGGCGACGUCAGCUUUCAUCAGCGGGUGACGUCAAUAUAAGGAUAUUAAUCAUGUUUCAUGGAAUACCAGCCACUGGUGUGAUGGGUGGAGCACCUGCCAACAAGCCAGAACUGUAUGAGGAAGUAAAAUUGUACAAAAAUGCUAGAGAAAGAGAAAAGUAUGACAACAUGGCAGAGUUAUUUGCUGUGGUGAAGACGCUCCAAGCUCUGGAGAAAGCGUACAUCAAAGACUGUGUGACUCCUAAUGAAUACACUGGAGCUUGCUCAAGAUUGCUUGUCCAGUACAAGGCUGCUUUCAAACAGGUCCAAGGAUCCGAUGUUGGGUCCAUCGAUGACUUCUGUCGGAAAUACAGACUUGACUGCCCGCUCGCCAUGGAGAGGAUUAAAGAGGAUCGACCAAUCACCAUCAAGGAUGACAAAGGCAACCUGAAUCGUUGCAUUGCAGACAUAGUAUCUCUUUUUAUCACAGUGAUGGACAAACUUCGACUAGAGAUUCGUGCCAUGGAUGAGAUCCAGCCUGACCUGAGAGAGCUGAUGGAGACCAUGAAUAGAAUGAGCAACAUGCCCCCAGAUUCAGAGGCCAAAGACAAAGUUAGCCUCUGGUUAACAACACUAAGCAGCAUGUCGGCAUCUGAUGAACUGGACGACUCCCAGGUUCGCCAGAUGCUGUUUGAUCUGGAAUCUGCCUACAACGCCUUUAAUCGAUUCUUACACUCCUCCUAAACACUCCUUAAUCUCUUGGACUCUUAUUCACAAACUUUCCCCUUUUAAUCAAACCUCUGUGUUUCACUGUCCCUAUUUGAGCAAUUUCUUCUUGAAUGUGAAGUUCUUGUUUUCAAUAUGGAGACCCUGCAUUCUAAUGGGUUACUCUAUAUAUAUAUAUAAAGCAAAGACAUGAUCAUGCCCGAGUACAAUUAGCUUUGUAUUGUUCCAAUGUUUGUUUUCUUUUUAAAGAGAGUCUACUAAAUGGGUUUGUAUGACAAUGCCUGUAUUUUAUUUUGUAGCUGCAUUCUGUAAAAUGACCUGAUCAUUAGGCUGACACAUAGCAAGGUAUAUUCUAGAGAAGUGUAUACAUUUAAGUAUAUUUAGUAUAUUCUAUAGAAGUAGGGAGUUCUGGCUUCUAAUACAUGUUGAUAAUAAAAAUAUUAGUUGAUUUUAUGGAGUAAUCAUAGUAUCAUAUUACAGAAAGAGAUUUGAUACUAAAUUUUUGAAUAAAUGUAAAUAAAUAAUAAUAUCUCUGCCCCAGCUUCACAUUUUUUUCUUUAAGAUAGAAAAUUAGAUUACGCUCAUUUAUAUACAGUACUUUCAAAACUGUUGGUUGUAAACUUAACUUUUAUAACAGAGAGCGUGAUUCAGAACUUAGUGUAUUCUUUCUUUGGUGUGGUGUAUUAUAAUAAGUCAUAUUUAUUAAAUGACCAUUGUAAAUACAAUAGUUUUUAAAUAAAUCACAUAUUAACUUUCAAGAA